AUGUCCAUCAACAUAGAAAUCUGUGAGGAUUUACCCCCUUCGAAUACGAACAAAAUUGAUCCGGAAAACGACGACGAUGAGUGUGGCGUUCCAGACAAUGUCAGGCAUGAUUCAAAGUACAGUCUAUGCGUGGACAAUGAUCGAUCCGUACACAUUCGAAAUGUAUCCGAGGAUGAGUUUGAUUUCGAUUCUGCCUUCAGUUCGGAGUCUAAUCAUGCACUCACCGACGAAAGUACAGUCGACCAGCAGGAUGAAGCGGUUCAUGGUUCCGAAGAGCGGGAACGCUUAAGAUCGCUCGAGGACGAACAUGAAGUUUUGUCGUCUAAUUUGAUUGCCCUAACGUCACACUUCGCACAGGUGCAACUCCGUCUACGGCAGAUAGUCGAAGCGCCCGCGGUAGAGCGCGAUGGUUUGCUAAAAAAUCUGGAAGAAUUCGCCUUCCUUGGCAUACCAGAAAUCCAGCAAAAUCCGGUAAAGCAAAAUAUCCCGGAGAUAGUGGCGAACUUAGAUCGUAGCCCCGAGUCGGUGGAAAACCUAAGAGAGAAGCAACAUGAGCUCAUCGAACACUUAAAAUCUCAGCUCAUGGACCUGGAGCGAUAUGCUUAUGAAUCGGGUGCCGGGAUCCUUCCACAGUCGAUUCUGCUCGAAAAGCAGAAAGUGAUCAUUGAGGAGAUCAAGAAGAAGAUUAAUCUGAAUUUGAAUGAACUUGAUCUGCCCCAGCUAACGUCGGAAGAUUUGCGUCAGCAGGUUGACAGCGCACUGGACGAACUGGUCAACCCGUUGAAGAUGAAGGAGCAGUUGGUGACCCAACUGAAAACCCAAAUACAGGAUCUCGAACGUUUUAUCGGAUUUUUGCAGACGAAUGAAAAGGCCGAAAUCAAAAAGCGCUUUCUCGAGCAACAGCAGAGGGCAAUGGAAGGCACACCGGUCCCGGGCAAAGAUGACGGUGGAGGCCGUCACACGGUUUCGAAACCGGAAACAUCAAAUGGAGUCUCUGGCCGCCCUAGUGCUUACACACCGAUAACUCGACGAGAAACGUUCAACAAUAAAGCCUUCGGACUGAUGGAUAAGGCUGGAACGUUGCUACAGAUGUUCGCCUUGUCUCAGUUCAAUUGCAGCAGCGAACGAACGCGAGAACGGAGUUACGCAUCAAAAAGUAUGACCCGCACGCGAGAGAAUUGCUGGGGCGAUGUACGAGCGCGUCUGGAGUACGAUGUACAUGAAGUUGCAUCGUUAGCAAUGAUGCUGCAGAGCGAAACUAAACAGACAGCCCACGAAUCCGAUUGCAACGAGGUAGAUGAAGAAGAUUCAGUGCGUCCUAGCCGUCGUAACCGGAAGCACUACGAUCUGACGCUACUGGUUCGUAAGCGUUUGAGCAAAACGAUCCAAAUGUUGAUGCAGCACGGUUUGCGAGGAAUUACUGAAGGCACAGGUAACAGUUUGGUCCCAUUCAUAUCGGGAUGUUUUUCAUCCACCGGAGGUAGCGGCAGCAACAGCACCUAUGUGCAACCGAACAUGGACGGCAGACCGGAUGAACGCUUCUAUCGUUCCAACGUGAGGCGUAAGAGUGCCGGAGCAACAACAACGGCUCCAAAAAAGCAGACAAACUCUUUUGAAGGCGACGCUUCCGCAGGUGCCACGAAUCUGUUUUCACAGGACAACGAGGUCGAUGAUGAGUAUGAAUGGGAGGAUCAUAGAACCCGUGCAAACAGUGACCCAAGCAUGCAUGCCUGGGAACUGUUACUUAUUUAUUAUAACGUGAAAAAUGGCGAUCGUUACAACUCGACACCGGCGAGAAAGCUAUCAGAAAGCUUCAAUCUGGAUAUAGUUGAUGGUAGGCCGCUUUCAAACAAACAGAGUCUUUUAAGUGCCAUAGGGUCGAUUGUGGCACUGCAUAGCCCCUACAAGCGUAGCUACGAUUCGCAGUUCAAAGCAUUCAUAUGCGCUGGUUUAAACGCGCAGAAGCUAACACAAUGGCUGUACCUUAUCUACCAGUGUAAAGAAAUGAUCAGUUCGUACUAUUCCACCUGGAGUUACGUCGCAAACACUGGCUUCCGCGAUGCACUCAAGACGCUCGACACACUAACGCAGUAUCGUUUCGACCUACCGGAGGAUUUGUCGAUUCGCCAGUUCAAAAAUAUCAAAGACGUAUUUAUGUAGUUAAUAGGUUUGUUAAACUUUGUUGAUUUGCCGUGCAGUUAUCCAAAGAACAGUCCAUCCAUGGCGGUCGACGGUCGACACAUUUCAAGUACCUUUCCACACCUAUGUCCGAGUCCUCCCAACUAUGCAAUUGCGAUCGCAAACUUUCCUAUUUGCGGUUGAAAGUUAUACAAUAUUAUUGUUAAAAUAACCGUAUAAGGACGUGCAGAAUGGGAAGCAGUGUUGAAUACUUCGUCUUUACGAAACUAUUGCGUCACUACGACUGGGAAUCGUGAACAGGAAGAGCUGGAACGAGGCGAAUAGCUUAUAGUGUAUUACAAUAUAUCAUUAAAGGUAUAACGUGAGACAAUGUAUAAAAACCUUUCUUUUUCAUAGAAAGAAAUAAUAGAAUAG